AUGCUCUCCCGCUCUCUCCCCACCCACACUUCUCGGAUCAGCUUUCGCUCCUCCUUGACUCGGUUUUCCGCUAAGAAUAUCCAUACUGGUCUCCGCCCGACCGUCAACCGAACCCUGGCGUCCAUUAACCACCCGAUUACCGCAAUUGCUCCUGCCUCGCGCCUUUCUUCUAUCACCCGACACCUUUCCUCUUCCGCUCCACUCGAGAGCAAAUCUUCCACAAUGGCCCCUACCGAGCAACAGUAUGACUACAUUGUCCUUGGAGGUGGUAGCGGCGGCAGCGGUAGCGCCCGUCGCGCAGCUGGCUGGUACAACGCAAAGACUCUGAUCGUAGAGAGCGGUCGGUCCGGCGGUACCUGUGUGAACGUUGGUUGUGUCCCCAAGAAGAUGACCUGGAACGCCGGAACUGUCAACGAGACAAUUCACCUCAGCAAGUACUACGGAUACGAUGUCCCUGAGGGUACCAAGUUCAACUACAAGUAUUUCAAGGAGACUCGUGAUGCCGAGAUUAAGCGCCUGAACGGCAUCUACGAGCGCAACUGGGGCAAGGAAGGCAUCGAUCUUAUCCACGGCCGCGCCCGCUUCGUCGAGCCCAAGGUUAUCGAGGUUAACCUCGAGGAUGGCACCACUGCCCGUUACGCUGGAAAGCAUAUUCUGAUCGCCACCGGUGGCCGACCCAAUAUUCCCACUGUCCCUGGUGCCGAGCACGGUAUCACCAGCGACGGUUUCUUCGAGAUCGAAGAGCUCCCGCCUAAGAUUGCCGUCGUCGGUGCUGGCUACAUUGCUGUCGAGCUUGCUGGUGUUUUGAAUGCCAUGGAUGUUGAGACUCACAUGUUCAUCCGUGGCGAGCAAUUCCUGCGCAAGUUCGACCCUAUGGUCCAGAAGACCAUGACAGAUCGGUAUGAGGCGGCUGGUGUCAAGAUGCACAAACACCACUCCGGCUUCAAGGAGAUUAAGCUUAUCCGCGACGGAAAGGGUGCCGACCGCUUGAUCAAGCUUAUUAGCAAUGACGGUACCGAGAUGGAGGUCAACGAGCUUCUGUGGGCCGUUGGUCGUGUCCCAGAGGUUGAGGAUCUGCAACUCAACAUCCCCGGCGUGACACUUAGCUCCAGUGGCCAUGUUGUUGUCGACGAGUUCCAGAACACUUCGGUCGAGGGUGUUUACGCCCUUGGUGAUGUGACUGGCCAGGCCGAGUUGACUCCUGUUGCAAUUGCUGCUGGUCGCCAGCUGGGUAGCCGUCUCUUCGGCCCCUCCGAGUUCAAGACCGCCAAGCUUUCCUACGAGAACAUCCCCACUGUCGUUUUCUCGCACCCCGAGGUCGGCUCCAUCGGUCUCACUGAGCCCGAAGCCCGCCAGCAGUACGGCGAUGACAAGAUCAAGACCUACCACACCAAGUUCACCGACAUGUACUACAGCCUCAUGCCCGCUGAGGAGAAGGCCAAGAACCCCACCGAGAUGAAGAUCAUCUGCGCCGGUCCCCAGGAGAAGGUCGUUGGUCUGCACAUCCUUGGUCUUGGCGUCGGCGAGAUGCUGCAAGGCUUUGGUGUUGCUGUCAAGAUGGGCGCUACCAAGGCCGACUUCGACAGCUGUGUUGCUAUCCACCCUACCAGCUCCGAGGAGUUGGUUACCAUGCGGUAA